AUGGCCAGGAAACUUGGUUUGAGUGUUUCCACUCUACUCUUUAUUGUGCAAUUUGCUGCCAUGGCCUUUCUGAUAAUUUGUUGUGUGACUGCGCCUGUUUUCAAACAAAUUGGCCUCGCUAAAACAGGCGACUUCGUUUUUGGCACUUUUGGCUACUGUGAAAAUGGCGCUUGCUCCUCAGCAGCCGCGAACUAUCACCCUGAAACUUUAGCCACGUCUGGUGAUUGGAAACUGAGCAGUUCUGCUCGUGAAAAACUGGGCAAAAUUCUGAUUAUUAUGCCUGUCGCCGCAGGCCUCACGUUUUUCGCGACGCUGGGCAAUUUCAUCUCACAAUUUGGGCGUCUGAGUUCCUCGGGCGUCUGCUUUAUCCUGAACUUGUUGCUGAGUAUCAUAGGGUUCGCUGCCUCGGCGUUAAUGUGCGUGAUAACGUUUCUACUAUUCUAUCCCAACAUCACGUGGUGCUCUUGGCUUCUAAUUCCAUCGGCCGCUAUAAAUCUGAUCUGCGUUCCGAUGACUUUUGUUGCACACUCAUUAGCAUCUUCCGGUGAACCUGAGGGAGACAGCGACUCUGCGAGUGGUCUCAAUGUCACCAGAUUGGACCAAGAUGACGUACUGGAUCGUUACAGCAUGGACGAAUAUAAAGAAAGCCACAAAGCUCUAAACGGUGAUAAGCCCGUGUACCCUGAGGUAUAUAAAGGGCCUCAAAUUGUUACUUCUUCAACCAUUCACUCGAGCACGACAGAUUCGAGGUCUGAUCGCGAUGCUUUCGUUCGGGAAAGACCAAACAAUACGGCGGGCAGUGGCGCGUCACAAACCCAACUUGCCAUAGCCGAUCCUGCUCCAGACUUUUCGUUUGAAGAAACUACAACUGUAACCAGACCAUAUUCUGCCAUUGCAGGUUCUCAGAAUGUCCAGCAUUUUUCUCAAGAAGAAGCCGCACCAAAGCCUUUCAGGGCCCCACCCCAAACGUAUCGCGGUCCUUCAACCACAUCGUCCUUCUACUCUCAAACAGAAGGGGAAUUAUCGCGUCAAGGAACUUUAAAAACAACAGACUUGAGGCCCUCCUCUGCUUUAGAUCUGCAAGCCGCUAAACGUGGAAAGCCUGAUCACGAAGAAUUACAAAAUAUCAUAAAGGGUGCGAUACAUGAGGUAGAGGAUGAGGAAUUCUUAAAGCAACAGACCAUUGACCCAAGUGAGCGGCCAUCGCUGGACGACGAUGAUGGGAUCAAAGAUGACGAUUCAGAUUUUACUUCUGUCUCACAGCGGGGCAUUAAUCAAAAUUACAUGACAGCUAUAAAUGGUAAUGGGUUUGCUCAUAAAUCUCCACAAGUAGCGAUGAUGCCGAAUCCAAGAAGUUAUGGUCUUCAUGAGCAAUCGCCAGUUGCGAAGAUCCCACACCACAAAUAUCAGGUUGUACCCUCCCAGGCGCAAAGAAAUUACGCGCCACAACCUCAGGGCAUGCUACCUCAACAUCAAUAUCAGCCCUACGCAGUACAUCAGCCUGUUCAAGCACAUGAAAGGGCAGCAUACUCCAGGUCUCAGCGCGUACCGAACAAUUUGCAUGGGACCUCUGACGCUAUCUUGAACACGAGCCCCGAUUUCAUGGUUGCCGGUGCGCCAGCAACAAGUACGCCAGGAUCCAGAGACCCGCAACGUGGAAUGUAUGCCAUGCCUCCUAAAACAGCAACCAAUACUACAUAUAGGCCGGCAUACAAGAAGCGCUUGGCGAGACAGAACAUACCGGCCGCCUCAAUGGCGAGAGACGGUCCCUACAGUGGAAUGAUGUAA